AUGGCGUGCAGUAAAUACGACUACCAGCUUGGGUAUGAAGACAAUCGUUUCGAGAUUGUUGUCAGUCAAAGAUUUCACUGCCCCAUUUGUUUCCUGGUUCUUAAAGAUCCCGUUAUGUGCAAGAACGAACACUACUAUUGUUCUUCAUGUAUGAAAAAGCAUUUGGAAAACUCCUCGUUCUGUCCGACGUGUCUUGAACACCUCAGUGUCGACACACUAAGACCAGCUCCGAGGAUUGUCAAUGAUUAUAUAUCUGAGCUGAAUAUUCAUUGUGAUUUCUACUCCAGAGGAUGUCCUGAAAUAGUUCAAGUUGAAAAUCUCAAACGUCACGUUGCAAGUUGUGGAUUCUCUCCCAUGCAAUGUUCCAAUGAUGGAUGUAAUGUUCUCGUGAAUGCCAGCGACAAGCUUCACCAUGAAACUGAAGUAUGUGAUUUUAGAAAAUUGAUAUGUCAUGACUGUGGUCAAGUCAAGAAUGAAGUGAAGGAAAUGAAAGAUCAAAUAAAGAAUGAAAUGAAAGGAAUGAAAGGUGAAAUAAAGAAUGAAAUGAAAGGAGUGAUUGAAAAUGAAAUGAGAGGAAUGAAAAGUGAAAUAAAAAAUGAAAUGGAAAUAAUGAAAGAGGGAUUGAAAAAUGAAAUAAAGGAUGAAAUGAAAGGGAUGAAAGAAGGAAUGAAAGAAAUGAUCGAUCAAGUAUUCGUGCAUCAAGAUCAGAUGCAAGAUAAAAUAUCGAAAGAAGUAAAAGAGGAAGUAAAAAAUCAGAUGAAGAAUGAAAUGAAAGGAAUGAUUGAAAAUGAAAUGAAGGGAAUGAAAGAGGAAAUGAAAAAUGAAAUGAAAGGAAUGAAAGAGGAAAUGAAAAAUGAAAUGAAAGGAAUGAAGGAGGAAAUGAAAGGUGAAAUGAAAGAAAUAGUUAUGAAUGCAGUGCGAGAUGCAAUGGCGGGAAUAAAAGGUCUCGAAGUUGAAAUGAACAAUUCAAAUCAAAGUUCACAAGCGACAUGUUCUUCAGAUGCAAGAGAAAAUAUUUUUCUAGUUGGUGGGUGUCACAACGAGGGUAGGAGGGAGGUGAAGAAUAAAUCCACGGAGUGUUUCAACUGGGCUGACCAAACUUGGACAUUGCUGGAUUCUGCAGUAUUUGAGGGUCGUUCUUACACUUGUUCUUUCCUGCAUCAAGGUCAAAUGAUAGUCGCUGGAGGUUAUGAUAGUCGCGGCAAGAGAACAAACACAAUGAAAUGUUUGAAUGUUGCAGAUCUAGAAGCCACAUGGAAAGAUUUCGCUGUCAAUCUUCCUGUCAAGUGUUCUAGUCAUAAAGUUAUCUAUCAUAAUGAUCGGGUGUUUUUGUCUGGAGGACGGAUUACCGAGAGAUGUUCCCAUGCUGUCUACGAGGUACAGUUGGUUCCACCAUAUGCCAGUACGAUCUUGACAAGAUUACCACAACCAAGAUCUCAUCAUGGCAUGGAAAUGUUUGAUCAGAAAUUGUUCAUUAUUGGAGGAUUUGAUGGUGAGAAGAUCAGAGCCAAUGUGUUACAGUAUGAUCUCAUCAAGAAUGAAUGUAAAAGAAUGCCUCCAUUGCCAUAUGCUGUGGACGAAAUGGCGACUGUUUUAUGGCGGAAUAACGUGCUUCUCAUCGGUGGCGAGGAUAAAGACGACAACGCUUUGAGUAAAGUAGUAAUGUACGAUGUCAUCACAGGCCGUUCUCAAAUGUUGCCAUGUAUGAAGCAUAAGCGUCGUGGUUGUACAGCGGUCUUAACUGGCAAUGUUGUAGUGGUUAUGGGAGGAAGAAAUGAGAACCAAAAUCUCAAGUCUGUGGAAUGUUUUGAUUUAGAACGUCAAGUUUGGCAAGACUUGCCUGACAUGCUUAAACCACGAGCAUAUUCCACUGCAGUGGUCAAAUCAAACCAUUGA